AUUCACACUUUAGAGUCGUCUACCGCCUAGCACAACACGGAGGUCUAUGUGGCACGGACAUACAUCAGAUAGUUUCUGCGUACAACUGUUAACAUGGAAUUACAUCAACUGCUUGCAAUAGCCAUAUGCAUGUACCUACAAAGUAUCGCUAUUGUUAACGGUAUAGACUACCAUUGCCUGUCGGUAUCUGAGUCCGGGACAUGUGAGGAAUGUUAUAUUGGAUGGUAUGGUGGUUACUGUGAAAAGAUGUGUCAACACUGUGACACGGGUGGAUGUCACAAAACAACAGGAGUGUGUAUUCAGUGUGAAACUUGCUAUUACUCUACAAACUGUUCACUGACAUGUCCACCUCAGUGUAGAGAGAGCUAUGGUGACAGUGUCUUCUGUGACCGUACAACAGGGAAUUGUCUUGAAGGCUGUAAACCCACAUGGUGGGGGGACAAAUGUGAACACAAUUGUGGAAAACAGUGUACUGAUUCACAGUGUUUCUUUUACGAUGGGUCAUGUGCAUCUGGAUGCAAGGACGGGCUUUCCGGGUCUCAUUGUGACAAAACAUGUUCAGUGGGAUGUCUCCACGGCAACUGCAGUCAGCUGACGGGGAUAUGUCUUCAUGGGUGUAAACCUGGCUUCUAUGGGCCCUCCUGUGACAGAAACUGUACUGAUAAAUGUCUUGAUAGAGAUUGCAGUACAGAGAUUGACGGAGACACUCCUCGCUGUACCCACGGCUGUGUACCUGGCUGGAAGCCUCCUCUCUGCGAUAUCCCUUGCCUACCUAACUGUCUAUCCUGCACUGAAGCUGGGGGGUGUACAUCGUGCAAGGCAGGGUUCACAGGAACUAGCUGUGAGAAGAAGAAAUGCAACUGUUUAAGGUCCUGUUGUAGCGAUGACAGAAUUUGCGAUGGAUGUCUUGACUGGUGGCAGGGACAGACCUGUGAGUUGGCCUGCUCUCAAAACUGUCUCAAUUGUCAACAGAAGAGUGGCAACUGCAAAACACGUCGCCAAGGGUUGACAUAUGAUGGAAGAAGUCAAUGCACCUCCAUGAUCGAUGGUAACGGAACCUCUCAAUUCACCGACGUCCCAACUCAAAGGCAAGAAUCACAUGUUCCCAUUGUGAUUAUUUCAACCAUAGCCUGUCUUCUUGUAAUCGGAGUUUUAAUCGGGAUCUCUAUCGGAUUCCGAGGACGCAUUCUGUCAUCAUGCAUCAAACACGCCGAGGAUGAAAACGCUCCUGAUAAAGAGGCGCCGGAAUUGGUAACAAUCGACUUGCUCGCACAAGAUCGUGACCUAUAAGAAGAUGUAUAGUUUGGUAAUGAGUGUUAAUUAGUUCCAACAUAGUCACUAAAAGGUCUAUCUUGAGACAAUCGAGAGUUCUAAUUUGUCAGGGUCGAUCGACCAACAUAUCUACUUUUAAUAUCAUCUUUUUUCAUCAGCACAAACAUGUCAUUUUGAUAUAUAUCAGAAUUGUGUAUCGUAUAUCAUGCAUGAUAUUCCUUACAGUUUAAGACCCAUUUUGUGAUCUUAAGGCUUAACAUACGACUUAAUGAAAGUACUUGACAUGUUGAUGCAUCACACGGUUAUAGUAACUGUUGGUAUCAUGCUCUAGAUCUGGACGUUCAUGCAUAAGUUUUCUGCACUAUUUUCAUGUUGAAAUCAGUGUGUAUCCAGAUUAAUACUGUGGUGACUGUAUACACCAGACCUUCAGCUGCCUCGAAAGACUUUGGUCUACAGAACAUAUGGAGUUAUCCGGAAACAAGAGAUAUAUUAAUAUUUGAAAUAUGAGUACAACGCUAUAUAUGACUAAUGCGUGUAGUAUAUACAACACCAAAACUCGCUGCAAGUCAUCAGUGCAUGUUAACAACACAUCUACACAUAUAUACUGCUUCAGGGUGUACUUGUUGCCAUAUUUAUCGGCAAGAGUCAUCUGUCUAUGGUAGUCUAGUUUUUAUUAUAGAACACAAAUACUGAAAACAAUCAAAUUUACAUUUUAAAUACUGCACUGAUUCCUGAUUCCUGAAUUUGUAUCUACAAGCAAACUAUUGUCAGAUAUAUCUCAAUACCAACGACUGCGCAUAACAUAAAUGAAAUAAUACACCUUCUUGGCGUAAGGAGUAAAGACAUAAAAAAAUUCCGAGCGAGGCCUUACACUUUUAGCAAAAACUCAUGUUACCAUAUGCAUGUCAAUGAGGAAAAUGCCAGCUCAUGUCAGUAGAUGUCAAUCAAUAUAUCGAUCGAUCUACGUAUGUACAACUGCAGUGUUCGUGUUCCGGAUCCCUUGGCAUAAUAUAUCCACGUUUGGAUGAAACGCUGUCGAAUUGUUACAUUGAAAGGGAGAAAUACUCAGCAUAUAUGAUCAACUAUUGUUUACAUGUGUGACCACUGACAAAACAUACUCUUGGGGAGCAUAUUACGUCUUUUUUUAUUUUACAUGAACAUAUUUGAAGAUGGAAUUACAAUAUGCCGUAUGUAUGCCGUGAUUAGUAUUUUAGAUCUUCUACAUAUUCAAUGAGUAUUAUCACCUUAAUGACGGGUACUACAAUGUACUUACAUCUAUAACAGUUUCCUUUCUAGAAGUGAGUGUAUGUUAGGGUAUCCAUAUCUACUGUUUGUGAAACAUGCCAAUAAGCAGGUAUCGACCUGCUGUCCUGUUGUACCCUAUGUUACCACAAGGGUCGUAACACCUGAUUUUUGACCAGUUGGAUUGUCCACCAAAACCA